AUGGGUCAAGCUUUUCGAAAGCUCUUCGAUACCUUCUUCGCCAAUACCGAGAUGAGGGUUGUGAUGCUUGGUCUCGAUGCUGCUGGCAAAACGACUAUACUGUACAAGCUCCACAUUGGAGAAGUUCUAUCUACUGUUCCUACAAUUGGUUUUAAUGUGGAGAAGGUUCAGUACAAGAAUGUUGUUUUCACAGUUUGGGAUGUUGGAGGGCAAGAGAAACUAAGGGCACUUUGGAGGCACUAUUUUAACAACACUGAUGGUUUGAUAUAUGUUGUUGAUAGUCUGGACCGUGAAAGGUUAGGGAAAGCUAAGCAGGAAUUUCAGACAAUCAUAAAUGAUCCGUUUAUGCUCCACAGUGUCAUACUGGUGUUUGCUAACAAACAGGACCUGAGAGGAGCAAUGUCACCAAGGGAAGUAUGUGAAGGAUUAGGUCUUUUUGAUCUCAAGAAUAGAAAGUGGCACAUACAAGGCACUUGUGCUCUUCGGGGAGAUGGUCUUUAUGAGGGCUUGGAUUGGCUGUCCACAACUCUGAAGGAGAGAAAAGCUGCCGGAUACUCUUCAAUCGGACUAGGAACUUCAUCCUUCUAA